UCAGCUUCUUCUCCGAGCUCAUCAUCAAGCACAAUAUUCUGACAGGAUUUUACAGCUUCAGUUAAAUCUGACAGUCAGGGAUAAAAUAAUAAAGCCGGAGUGUGUGUGUGUGAGGCGGCUCCGCUCUGAGGUUUGUGGGGAUAUGCAGACAGAAACCUGCACUGCUGCAAGUGAAAGGAUACCAGACUUUUUGGGCUGUAUCGUCCCUGUAGACUAUCAGAACCAUGUAAAACUGGAACCAGCUGAAGAUGAAGACUGCCCCUGUGAUGGGACUUCAGGCACUGUGGGACGUUUUACCCUUGUGGACCAACAGAAUGGAGGAUUCUGGAAAAAGCCCAUAAAAGAGGAAGAAUUUGAGGAAGAUGAAGAUAAACAUGAAGACUACCUCUAUUGUGAGGAUUGCCGAUCCUUUUAUAUCAACAAAUGUGAAGUUCACGGUCCAACUCUCUUCAUCAAUGAUACACCCGUUCCUAUGGGGGUCAUUGACCGAGCCAGACAGACCCUUCCACCUGGUCUAGAGGUUCGGCAAUCUGGGAUUCCUGACGCAGGUUUGGGAGUGUUUAAUAAGGGGGAGACUGUUCCACCUGGUGCACACUUUGGGCCCUACCAGGGAGACCUGGUGGACAGAGAAGAAGCAAUGAACAGUAUCUACUCCUGGGUGAUAUACAAGAGCAGACAAUGCAAGCAAUACAUAGAUGCCAGGAGAGAGAUGUAUGCUAACUGGAUGAGAUAUGUGAAGUGUGCUCGUAAUGAAGAAGAGCAGAAUCUCACAGCAUGCCAGUAUCGAGGAGGAAUUUUGUACCGUUGCUGUCAACCCAUCAAACCAGGACAGGAGCUCUUGGUGGGGUAUGAAGAGGAAUACGCCAAAUUGCUUGGCCUUGCAUUCGACUCGCUCUGGAAGAGAAAGUGCUCCACAAAUGAAAUGAAGGAUACCCAGUUGCAAGUCUUCUCCUGUUCCUGGUGUUCACUUUCGUAUACGUCUAAAAUUUAUCUCUACAAUCACUUGAGAAGAAACCACUACAAGGAACAUGCAAGUCUGAUGAAAUAUGAAGAUGUUGCAUACGAUACUCCAGCGACCACAGUAAGCUCAGGCAGUCAGCAAGCGUCGCGCGCUACGCUGAACUGUAACUCUGCGAGCGGACAAAUAAAGAAAAUAAUGCACCACUGCUCACAGUGUGGGAAGAGGUUUGCUCAGAAGAGUACGCUCCGGAGACACCAGCGCAUUCACACAGGAGAGAAACCGUACCCUUGCUUACAGUGUGGGAAGAGUUUUAUGGAGAGAAGGGCUCUGAAAGCACACCAGCGCAUUCACACUGGAGAGAAACCGUAUCUGUGUUCAGAGUGUGGGAGACGUUUUAACGAGCAGAGUCAUCUCCAACAACACCAGCGCGUUCAUACAGGAGAGAAACCGUACCACUGCUCUCAGUGUGGGAAGAGCUUUAGUAAAGUAAGCACUUUUCACAGACACCAGCGCAUUCAUACUGGAGAGAAACCAUAUCAUUGUUCGCAGUGUGGAAAGAGAUUUAAGGACAAAACUAAUCUCCAGAUACACCAGCGCAUUCACACAGGAGAGAAGCCAUAUCACUGCUCAGUGUGCGGGAAGAGCUUCACACAGAAGUGUCAUCUGGAUGGUCAUAAAUACGUUCACACGGGGGAGAAGCCAUACGCGUGCACACAGUGCGGGAAGAAUUUCAUUCGACGAAGUGAUUUCAGAUAUCACCAGCGCCUUCACACAGGAGAGAAACCGUAUCACUGCUCGCAGUGCGGGAAGAGCUUCAAUAAAGCAAGUUCUCUCCAACAUCACCAGUGCAUUCACACAGGAGAGAAGCCAUACGAGUGCUCCAAAUGCGGCAAGGGUUUUAUUCAACAGAGCCAUCUCCAGUCUCACGAGCGUGUUCACGUUGCAGAGAAACCAUAUCAUUGCUCACAGUGUGGGAAGUGUUUUAGACGAAAUUGUGAUUUCCAGAAACAUGAGCGCACUCACACAGGCGAGAGGCCGUAUCAGUGCUCACAGUGUGGGAGGAGCUUCACUCAACGGAGUAAUCUCCAGCGACACCAGCGCACUCAUGCGAUAGAGAAGCCGUAUCGUUGCUCACAGUGUGGAAAAGGUUUUACGCAACAGAGCGAUUUUCAAACACACCAGCGCAUUCACACAGGGGAGAAGCCAUAUCACUGCGCACAGUGUGGGAAGAGCUUCACGACUGUCAGUAAUCUCCAGCGACACCAGCGCAUACAUACAGGAAAGAGACCAAUUCAGUGCCCGGUGUGGACAGAGAUUUACUUAGUCACGUGUGUUUAAGAUACACCCACACGGAGCCAUCAAACUGUGACGCAUGACCUUCAAGAAACAUAAUUGCUGUUUAGCAACAUAGGAUGGUCUGUGUAUUUUGUUUUAAAUUGUGUGUGUAAAAUAAA